UCUUAUACAUAAAAAGGUCAAGGUGUAAAUAUGUUGACAAGAUGUCUCCGAAAUAUAAUAUCCUCCAACCUCCGGCAUAGUACUCGUCAGCUCUCCUAUGUAUCGAGGAUAAGACUUCUGCAGAGGUUGAAGGAAGAUACCGGCUUCUGUAAGGAACAAUUGGGAGCUGGACAAUUUCUUCUUUAUUCUAAGGGAAAACCUCUAUUGGGACGGAGUACUAGCGGAGAAACAUCUCCAAUCUGGUUAAAUCAUACUUCUGUCGGAGAGUUGAUGGAUCAGAACUUUGAGCUGAACUGCGCUGUACUAGGUCUCUCGGAGACAGGGGUUCCACAGUUUGUUCUGAAUAUAGGAGAAACAGUUGGCACUAGUAGUUUAGAGCAGGAAAACAAGGGACGGUUCACAGAUUUAAGGGUUGGUCUUUUCCUGGUAGAUUCUCCUACUGCACAUACUCUCAGUAGGGGCUGGUCACUACUGCUCUGGAAGAAAAAUACAAAAUUUUGCACCAAAUGCGGGAAUCCACUAGUUCUGAACCUAUCCGGGAGUCAGGCCAGCUGUCCUGUGUGUUUCUCAGUGUACUACCCAAGUACAUCUCCCGUAGGAAUAGUUUCCAUUUGUGAUCCAUCCCGGGAUAGCUUGCUCCUGAUCCGUCAACCCCGAUACCCUCCGGGAAUGUACUCCUGUAUUGCUGGAUUCCUGGACGCAGGAGAAACCCUUGAAGAUUGCGUAAGACGCGAGGCUGCGGAGGAGGUUGGGAUUGAAGUACACAAGGUUUCAUACCUUAGCUCCCAACAUUGGCCUUUUCCAGCCGGAAGUUUGAUGAUAGGCUGUCAGGCUGAGGCGCUACCUGGCCAGGAACCAGAUCCCUGCAAGGUUGAGCUGGAGGAUGCAAGAUGGUUUACUAGGAAUCAGGUUCAGGAAGCAUUUGACCGGAUUAAAGAGAACCCUGGUCUGAGAACUAGAAAGGAUAAUGACCCAGAGAAGAUAUUUUUAGCUCCUAGAGGAGCAAUUGCAAACUUCCUUGCUGGACGUUGGUUAAAUAUCCUGUGAUAAAAUUUAAUAAAAUUGAUGAAAAUUACAAAAUAUAGAAAAAUAUUUAUUGUG